CUUUUGAGGCAUUCUUUUGGUCCUCCAAUUGUGCACCAAUAAGCAAACAUCUUAGCGACGUUACGCUUGCUUUGCUUAGAGACUUCGAUUCGGAUCCUUCACGAAGCCCCUAAUCACCGCAUACAGAUAGCAACUAUUCUGAGCACCAUGUCGAAGUCCAAUCUGGAACUGAUUGCCGACACGGACAAGUUUCCGUACAGCGAUGAUGAGACAGUUGAGGCCAACAACUUGCGCAGUAGACUGUUUAAGCUACUGUGGGAAGACGAAGACGGCCAAUAUGCCAUCGGCUACGUACCCGAUUGGGUUAUCAACGAGCUGUCUGAAGCACCCCAAGACAUUCGGGGAGACAUGGUUCUAAACACAUCUGACCGUACUGUCGUGCUGUUCAAGACGCCACAGACAGAAGAGGAGCGGACCCGUGCCGUGGCGAGAUUGACAAGCUAUUGGCGUGAAAAGGGCACCUUCAAGACUCUUAAAGGCUGGCGCGAUGAGCUGUGGCCCGUGUAUGCUCGAAAGGGGGAGCUUCUCUUCAGUGUGGAACGGGCGGCCAUGGGCCUCUUUGGCACUGCACGAUACGGAGUACAUAUGGUUGCCUAUAUCGAGCAUCCAUCCGCUCCUCAUGGCAUCAAAAUCUGGGUGCCAAAGCGAGCUUCCAACAAGUCAACCUUCCCUGGCAUGCUGGACAACACCGUGGCUGGUGGUCUCAUGACGGGCGAGGAUCCCUUUGAAUGCAUCAUCCGAGAGGCUGAUGAAGAGGCUAGCCUCCCCGAUCCUUUGGUCCGUGGCACUGCUGAAUGGGUUGGAAACGUCACCUACAUAUACAUCACUGAGGCAAAGCACGUUGGAGAGGACGGCUACAUUUAUCCCGAGUGCCAGUGGGUCUAUGAUCUCAAGCUACCUGUCGACGUCGUGCCUCGUCCAAAAGACGGCGAAGUUGAAGAAUUUCUGCUAUGUGAUGUGGACGAGAUUAAGAGGGAUCUGCGGGCCGGGAAAUUCAAGCCCAAUUGCGCGCUGGUCAUGAUCGACUUCUUCAUUCGCCAUGGCAUUCUGACCGAGGCCAAUGAACCUGAUUUGGCCGCCAUCAAGGCAAGGAUGCACCGAGACCUUCCUUUUCCCGGCCCGCACCAGCAAGAUUGGCCCGGCCACGAUAGCAAACAGUCGGUUAAAGCAGCGUAGGCUAGUUGUUGACUAAUAUCUUUCUCUCUCUUUCCUCUUGCUCCCAUAUUGCAUAAAGACAGACGUAUGACGUUGGGAAUUCCUCCUUUCUCUCUUUGAUCUCUUAUUAUCUCUUUUGCGUUCCAUUAAAGCGUCGAAUUUUGUGUUUCCUCUAUGAGUAAAGUUGCCUGAUAAUGAUGUAUUCCUCCCAUUCCCUCGAUGUUGUUACUUAUUGACGAACUGCUGCUUUUUACCGCUUAACUAACAAAUAAACGUUGUCGACGCGCAAUGGUGUUAGCUUUUUAACCGGACCCUGCAGUUGCAUGAGCAAUCCGCCGAACGAGACGUAGGCGUUUAUAGUAUUGCCAUCAAAUGUCUCCUCAAACUUGUAUAUCUUUCCAUAGCAGACAUAGUCGU